GGGGUCCGGGGGUCGGCGCGGCGGCCGAGCUCCCUGCAGACACGCGUCGCCAUGCCCCAGUCUCCGGCCAGCAGCCGCAAGCAGACCAACCUCGGGGUAAAUCUACAGCCAAAGAAAUCUGUUAGUAAUAUUGGCCAUAAAUCUCAAUAUAAAGGAUAUGCUGGUGCAACUCAAAGCAGAAUGUUCAUGUCAGGGAAAAUAACAAUCGCACCUGAUACAAAAGCAGAAAAAAUGAAUAUUUCUGCUCCAAGGACACAUACACAGGUGAUAGAUGCACGUGGAAUUGAUGUUACUCCUCGACCUCUUUACCGUCCGGAUCCAAACACUGCGGCCGUAAAGCCAAACAAAAUAUUGUCAUCGCAGGAAGAAUCACUGACGUCAGAACUGAAAUCUUCUCUGAGCCUUUACCAGAACACACUCAAUCCUAGUAUAUUAGGGCAGUUUACAAGGUCAGCUCUAGGAAGCAGUACAGUUUCUAAAUCAAGUUUAUCAACUACUGAGUCAAUACCAGAGGAUCUGGAAGAACCGUGCUAUAGACGAGAGAGAAUGCCUAGUUUUACAGAUGUACAGGUUAUGAGGGCAACACAUGGAAUAUCUGUAACAAAAGAAGACCUGCAGAAAACUAUAGAGAUAAUUCUCACCGAGACGGAAAUGAUGAUAUUUUUUGACUUACCAACGGUUAUGGUUUCAGUAGACUCUGAAGAAGCUGUGAAAGUCACCCAGAGAAACAAGAAUUAUGAAACCCUAUGUAGAAACAGACUAGGCAAUGACCUGUAUGUCGAGAGGAUGAUGCAGACCAUUAACGGAGCACCGAAGAAUAAGGAAGUUCAGUGUGACAGGAUCAUAAAGGAAGAGAAAGGCAUAAUGUCCACUAUUUGGGAUAUGUAUGAUUCUUAUAAUGCUGUGGAGAGUUUAUCAUUACCUAUAAAGCAAUCUAAAAUUGAUACCAGUACCAAAGCAACUGUAACUUCAGAUCGGGACCAAAGAUUGCCAGGAAGUACUACGGAGAAAAAUAGUGAAGGUAGUUCUCUAAUAGAUAUAGAAAACGUAAUUUUGGCUAAAGUCCACGAUGAUGAAGAAGAUCACUCUGAAAUGAUACUAAAAUCUGACAAGUUCCAGCAGGAUUUGUUUUUUAUGGAACGUGUUCUAAUGGAGAAUAUAUUUCAGCCAAAACUUGCAGCCUAUCGUCAGCUCCCUGUCUUUAAAGAACCUCAACCUGGAGAUCAUAGCGAGGCUUCAGAACAUGAAAAGCCUGAAGACACAGAGAAAGAGCCUAAGAAGGAAGAUGAAGAAGAAAUAAAUGCAGGGCGAUCAACCAUACCAGCCAAUUUGGAACGACUUUGGUCCUUUUCCUGCGACUUAACCAAAGGACUUAAUGUAAGCAGCCUUGCCUGGAAUAAAACAAAUCCAGACCUUUUGGCUGUUGGCUAUGGACAUUUUGGAUUUAAAGAGCAAAAAAAAGGCUUGGCUUGUUGCUGGUCAUUGAAGAACCCCAUGUGGCCAGAGCGUAUUUACCACAAUCCAUAUGGAGUUACUGCCCUGGAUUUUUCAAUUGGAGCACCAAACCUUCUAGCAGUUGGUCACCAUAACGGCAACAUUGCAAUUUAUAAUGUACAGAGUAACAGUACUGUUCCCGUUCUGGAUAUUAGCGAAUCAUCUCAAAAACAUUUGGGACCUAUAUGGCAACUACAGUGGAUAGAACAAGACAGAGGAACAACAGGCGAUGACAAAAGAGAAAUACUCGUCUCUAUAUCAGCGGAUGGCAGAAUCUCCAAAUGGGUCAUUCGGAAAGGCCUGGACUGCCACGAUUUGAUGCGUUUGAAGAGAACCACCACCAGCGGCAUCAGAAAAGGAGGGGAGAAGGAGAAGAAAGGCGAGGCUCUGAUAUCGCGACAGGCUCCUGGCAUGUGCUUUGCAUUUCAUCCCAAGGAUACAAAUAUCUAUUUGGCUGGUACCGAGGAAGGUCUUAUUCAUAAAUGUUCUUGUUCAUACAAUGAACAAUAUUUAGAUACCUACAGAGGACACAAGGGUCCAGUGUAUAAAAUAGUAUGGAAUCCAUUCUGUCAUGAUAUAUUCUUAAGCUGUUCUGCAGAUUGGGGCGUUAUACUUUGGCAACAGGAGAAUCUCAAGCCAUUUUUUAGUUUCUAUCCAACUACUUACGUUGUUUAUGAUAUUGCUUGGUCUCCUAAAUCAUCCUAUAUAUUUGCAGCUGCAAACGAGAGCAGAAUAGAGAUCUGGGAUCUUCAUGUUAGCACUUUGGACCCUCUGAUUGUGAAUGUCGCCAACCCUGGGAUCAAGUUCACGACCGUCCUCUUCGCCAAGCAGUCAGACUGCCUCCUAGCGGGCGACAGUGACGGGCAGGUUGUUGUGUAUGAGCUAAGAAAUAUGCCCACUGUUUCAGAUUCUGGCCGGGGAGAUGUAAUAGACACAUUACUUGGAAGCAAAUCAAACCAAGGAUAAUGCACCAUUACUACCAUCUUUGGGUUGUGGCUUUAGUGUAAGGAAAAAGGAACCGUGUUUAAUAUCUAGUAAUCUGAUUUGGUAUGCAGUAAGUAAACUUUAGAAUUUAGAAAAUCAUAUUUUAUGUAUAGCUUUUAUCUAAAUUUAAUGAACUUUUAUUUUGGAGAUAUGCAGUUUGUGAGCUAAGCUAAACUAUCUUUAUAUAUUUUUGGAUUUUUCCUAAUUUACUUAAAGAUAUUCAUACUCCAUUUCCAAUUUUAUUAUUAUUAUUUCCAAUAAUAGAGAAUAUGUAGGCAUAUAUCUACACUUAUAUAAUGUCCAGAAGGGUUAGAAAAUUUCUUUAGGAACAAAAUUUGAAACUCAUUCGCAUUGAUUAAGCCAAAAAUCUGUAUGAAACAAAAUUCCAUACAUUUAAAUCUUUUCUUCAGAGCAAGCUCGGUUUUCCAGGUUUCUUAGUUAUGCAGUGGUUAGUAUCGUGAGAAUAUUGGAUUCUCAUGUCCAACUAAAAAUUAGAAUUUGAUCUUUUUAGAUCUGAGGACUUUAAACAAUAGAGCUAUCUAACUUAGCCCACAUGACAUAAAAGAUCUAACAACAAACGUCAGAAUUGGUAUUGUUUAGCCAGCAGACCUUGCACCUGCAGUCUUAGUCUGGGGUUCACCGGGCCACCCUCCUACCGCAUGCUCAGCAUCUGGUUAGUAUUUUAAGCCCAGACUUAAGUGGACCCAGAGGGGAAAAAAAAUAGAAGAAAGUUUUUGAUACACAGUUGUAUCACGAUAUAAUUUUAUGGGCUGUGAUAGAGUAGGUUUUGUGAAAUAGCAGUGGGACGCAGCUACUCUUGCAGAUACAGUUCCUAAUUCUCUCCUCCCUGUGGUUUAACAAAUCCUGCAUUUUAAACCAAAGUCAUAGGGAAGUCCUAGAAAGCAUUCUUAAUAUUGAGGAGAGUUCCAACAUUAAAACUCCCCAACCUAUGGAAAAAAAUGGGCUAAAAUCUGAGGAAAAAAAAAACAAAACUAGAGCAAGUAUUGGAAGGGACUCGUCUUUUGUAAGGAUUGAUUUAUUCACAAUCACCGUUUAUUUGGAGUCACCUUAGAAAUAAAAGUGAGACAAAUUUUGGGUAGGCUGAGAGUUUAGAUAUGGUGUAAGGAUUAUACUUUUGAGUCAUGAUUCUUUGUUUUUCUGAAAUGUUGUACUUGUUAUAACACUCUGUAACAAAAUAAAACAAGCUAAUUAAAAACA